GUGACCCGGUUGUCCUACAUGGCCGUCAGUGCGCGCAGAGCACGAGUCACUGUAAACAUUGGGAAUAUUGUUUUCGUUCGACAGCCAAGCGUUAAAUCGCAGGGAAAGGUCUAAUUUGCCGUGUGCAGGAGAGUGAAAAGCGGACAAUGUUUGUGUGUUCACCAGGAAGGUUCUGACAGACGGCCGUAUUCAAAGUGUCAAAUUCCUGGAAACCUUUGUCACACAUACGACCCGCAAUCAUGCAGCUGGAUCCAGUGCUGGUUGAAUCCGCCGUGGUGUUCGGCGUGGUGAUCUGCGUUCACAGUGCCGUGUGGAGCCCGCUCUCCUGGUGCUGCAUCGCUCUGGCCAUCCAGGCUUUUUACGUGCAGCACAAAUGGGAUCGGCUCAUUCGGACCGGCGCCGCUGUCUUCCAGUUCCGGCCUUCGGCCAACAGCGGCGUGUUACCGGCCAGCAUGGUGCUGCCACUGCUGGGCCUGGCUUUGAGGGGGCACUGCAUCGCUGUGGGGAAUGUUUACAUGGAGCGAUUCGCAGUAGGUGUAACAGUGAUCGGUAUGAUGUUAGCGCUCUUCCUAUCGCUCAUCGCGUUGGGAAUCACGCGCCCGGUGCCCACAAACACCUGUGUUAUAGCCGGCAUCGCCAGCAGUGCCAUUCUAUACACAGUCAAGCAAACACUAACAGUCUCCGAGGUGAUCGAAGUCUUGGAGGUGUUGCUCAUUUUUGUAUAUCUAAGCUUAAUCCUCUUGUACCUCCUCCCACGCUGCUUCACUCCCGGAGAGGCCCUCCUCAUCCUCGGCGGGAUCAGUUUCAUCAUCAACCAGCUCAUCAAACGCUCUCUAGCCUCAUCUGGGAACGCAAACGCAGACCCGCUUCAGUAUUUCCUCCCGGUCGCCGUGUUAGGCUUAGUGCUGCUGGGAAUCUUCUUCGCCGUGCUUUUCGUAUUCAUGGAAUCGGAGACCUGGUCGGCGUCGCUCUUCUUCCACACCAUGACGGCCGUUUUGGGAUUGGGCCUAUUGGUUCCUUGGCUCUCCCUGCUCACACAGCAUCACCCCAUCACCUGGUUGAUGCAUUUCAUCACCGAAACUAACACUCGCCUUUGGCUGAUUGGAUUCUGGGCCGCUUUGUUGCUUCUAGCGGUUGCCGUUGUGAUGCAUCAAAACAGUCAUCGCUCAGCCGGAAGCAAGAAGCACCAAGCUUCGACGACCGUGCGAAAGUAUUUCCACCUCCUCACCAUACUAACCUUCGCUCCUGGACUCGCACUAGAUCGUCCUCUGCUACAUCUAGCCGCGGUCGGAUGCCUCUCAGUGUUUUUGUUCCUCGAAUUCGUCCGCUGUUUCCGCAUCCGACCUCUGGGGGCGCCACUGAGACACCUUCUUACUUUAUUCCUGGAUGAGAGAGACUCAGGACCACUUAUUCUCACCCACAUCUACCUUCUCCUCGGCGUCGCCCUUCCAGUCUGGCUCACACCCGCGUCCUGCACCCCUAGUGGAGGCCUAGGGGGCGCUGGUGGCCUGGUGCCCUACGCCGGUGUGUUGGCAGUGGGAGUCGGCGAUACAGUUGCCUCUGUUUUUGGCAGCACAGUUGGUGAGAUCCGCUGGCCCGGCACAAAGAAGACCUUCGAGGGCACAGCAACCUCCAUAUUCGCUCAGAUCAUCGCCGUGGUGGUUUUCCUCAUCGCCGACAGCAGUAUAAACCUGAACGCCAGCUACUCGUGGGUGCUGGGUUCGAUCACAAUGGUGGCCAUGCUGGAGGCGUAUACGUCACAGAUAGACAACCUGCUGCUUCCUUUGUACCUUUACAUCCUCCUGCUGCUAUGAGAUCAGACCCGUUCAGACAAAUCAGACCAUUAUGCCAAUGCACAGAUAUCAACAGCAUUAAAUUCAUACGUUACAGCCCUAGUAUUGCGAGUUUGGGAAUCAAAAUGCAAUAAUGAAACAUCAAUUGAGUGUUUAUGAACCUCGUAAAGUGAAUAGAAAUGCACUGAAAUUUAUUCAAGAAUAAACGGUUUCAUAUAGUAUUAGAGUGAAACAAACUAGAAGACUACUUGAUAUUGUAAACGACAUACAAAAUGGCACAAAAACAGAUGUUUGAAGGUGAAAUGUGUAUUUUUUGCACCACUAGUGGCAAUUGCAAAAUGCUUGUUUGAGUCACACAUGACAGCUUUGUUUGAAAACACAGUUUGGUGCCACUAUUGACAGCUUUAAAGGGAUAGUCCACUCAAAAAAUUAUUUACUCUGCCUCAUGUUAUUCCAAAUCUGUAUGCAUUUCUUUCUUCUGUCGAACACAGAAUUUGAAGAAUAUUGGUAACCAAAUUGUUUCGGGUCCCAUUGACUUCCAUAGUAUUUUUUUCCCUUGCUAAGGAAGUCAACGGGAGAAAAAACAGUUUCUUCAAAAUAUCUUCUUUUAAUUUCCACAGACGAAAGAAACUCACACAGGCCUGAGGG